AUGGCCAAAGAGACCAAGACAGUAAAGAAGGUCAGCCCCAAAGAAGCUCAGAGGAAGCAGAACCAAGACGACAUUGCUACAUUGGAAACCAAGUCCAGCCAUCCUGAAAACUACAGCAAUGCCAAGCUAUUUUCUGAACUACCACUUUCUGACAGAACACAAAAGGGCCUUGCUCAAUCCAACUUUAAGCAGAUGACCGAGAUCCAAAGAAAGGGUAUUCCUCUUGCUUUGGCCAAGAGAGAUGUGCUGGGUGCUGCCAAGACUGGUAGUGGUAAGACAUUGAGUUUCCUCAUUCCUGUUCUCGAGAUCCUGUUUAGACAGCAAUGGAACGCAGCAGAUGGAUUAGGUGCCUUGAUCAUUUCACCCACUCGUGAAUUAGCUGUUCAGAUCUUUGAAGUGCUUAAAAAGAUUGGCAAAUCACACACCUUUUCAGCAGGUUUGAUCAUCGGUGGUAAAGAAUUCAAAGUAGAACAAGAGCGCAUCGCUCGUAUGAACAUCUUGGUUUGCACACCCGGUCGUCUUUUGCAGCACAUGGAUCAGUCGGUUGGAUUUUCUUGCGACAAUUUACAAGUGUUGGUUUUGGAUGAAGCAGAUCGCAUUAUGGAUAUGGGCUUCCAGAACACAAUGAACGCCAUCAUCGAGAAUUUACCUCCUCAGAGACAAACCUUGUUGUUUUCAGCUACACAAACCCGCUCUGUCAAGGACCUUGCUCGUUUAUCGCUCAAAGACCCCGAAUACGUCGCAGUGCAUGAAAAAGCCGAACACAGUACACCCAAAACCUUAUCGCAACACUAUGUGGUGACAGAGCUCCCCAAGAAACUGGACGUAUUAUACUCGUUUGUCAAAUCGCACCUCAAAAGCAAGACCAUCGUGUUUCUGAGUAGCUGUAAACAGACGAGAUUUGUGUUUGAAGCCUUUUGUAAGCUUCAGCCCGGUGUGCCCAUCAUGCAUUUGCACGGCAAGCAAAAGCAGACAAAGCGUGUCGACAUCUUUAGAAAGUUCACCUCUAGUCAACAUGCUGUUUUACUGUGCACGGAUAUUGCUGCCCGUGGUUUAGAUUUCCCUUCAGUAGAUUGGGUAGUGCAGUUGGAUUGUCCUGAAGACGCCGAUACUUACAUUCAUCGUGUGGGUCGUACUGCGCGUUUCGAUGCAGAUGGCCAUGCUUUGAUGAUUUUGGUGCCAUCCGAAGUAGAAGGCAUGGUGGAAGAGCUGAAAAAGAAGCGUGUGCCUGUUGAAGAGAUUAAGAUUAGAACCAGCAAACAACAAAGCAUCCAAAAGCAACUGCAAAGCUUCUGUUUCCAAGAUCCUGAAAUCAAAUACCUCGCUCAACGUGCCUUUGUCGCUUACAUGCGUUCCAUCUAUCUCCAACGCAACAAGUCUAUCUUUGAUGUUACAGCGUUACCCGCUGAAGAAUUUGCUCUCUCCCUUGGCUUAGCCGGUGCUCCAAAGAUCAAGUUUGUCAAAAAGGCAGAGAAGAAGCUGAUGGGUGCUCAAGAAAAGAAGAAGAUGAAGGAAGCAUCCAGUGACGAGGAAGAGGAGGAAGAGGAGGAAGAGGAGGGGCAAACCAAAGCACAAAGAACCAAAUAUGACCGUAUGUUCCAAAGAAAGAAUCAAGACAUUUUGUCAGAACAUUACAGCAAACUGGUUGAUUACGAGGGUGACAAGAUUAAGCUGGACGGUGGUUUAGAAGACGAUGACGAUGAAGAUUUCCUCACAAUUCAACGUGCUGAUCACACACUGGAGAGUGAUGAAGAUGAGGACGCUAUGAACAACAUUCAAGGCGAGAAUAUAUCCAAGAGAAAGCUAAAGAUGAGCAAAAAGGAAAGAGCAAAGAACAUGGCUCGCGGUGACAAGUUGGUGUUUGAUGAAGAGGGCAAUGCCCACGCCAUGUACGAGCUUGUUGAGGAAAAGGACUUUUUGAAAGACGGUGAUGCUAAAACUCAGAUCAAGGCAUUCAUUGAAGAAAAGGGCCAACUCAUGCAAACAGCCGAUAAAGAAGAUAAAGAGUAUGUCAAGCAAAAGAAGCUGGAAAAGAAGAUUAAGCGCAAGGAAAGAGAAAGAGCUGCCUUACAAGAAGAAUCAAGUGAAGGAUCUGAUGCUGAAGUCCAAGGCUCAGACAUGUCUGAAGAUGAAUCAGAAGAAGAGGAGGAUCAGGCAUCUGAGCGCAAGAGAAAAUGGUUUGAGGACAGUGACUCUGAGGAAGAAGCCAACAAGAAGAGAAUCAUUGACGUUGCUGAACCUCAAACUUUGGAGGAUCAAGAAGCUCUUGCACUCAAGCUUUUGGGUGCUUAA